UCAACCCUCAACGUGGAGCUACCGUCACAUCGCAGCCAAUUAGCGGCUGAAUGGAGGAGGCUGUCCCCCCUCCACCCACCCACAGCCCAGCACCUCCCUCCUCCUCCUCCUCACCCGCCACCUCCUCCUCCUCAUCCUGUCGCUGCCGCUGCUGCUGCUGCGAUCAUUGCACACAGACAGACAGAGAGAGCCAGAGAACUCGUCCCGACACUGCGUGGUCGCGUCCCGGUGAAGUUGCUCGCUCCGUCCCUGCCGCUGCCGCUGCUCCCUCCCUCCAUCCCUUCCCUCCAUCCCUCAGCAGCACUUCCACGAGUGAGUGGCACCACCAGUCGGCACCCCCUCCUGCCCCCUGCCCCCCUCUCUGUCUCUCUCUCUCUCUCUGGCAGACAGAGCCGGGCAUGGCGACGCAGUCCGCCAAAAGCGUGCACUGCUCCCGGGAGCUCGCAAAGAUGUCGGAGGAGAAAAGUAAAUUGGCCUCGCCGAGCGGACACUUGAAAUCGUCGUAUUGCAUCGACAGCAUCCUGGGAAGACUGCCGCCGCAGAGGGCCGGCUCCGACGAGAUGGGUGGGGGAGGAGGAGGAGGACUCGAAGGAAGAUUCUUUGGCGAGCAUUGCUCGGAAGGGCCUUCAGCUAAGGAUGCCACCACCAUCCACGCGCUCUCCAUCCACGUCAAGUCGCAGAGGCACUGCGAGCAUGAGGCGUUCGGCAAGGUGAAGCUGAGAGACGGCGUCGAGCAGACGAGGGACGUGGCCGACUUGUCCGCGAUGCCGGCCGAGCUGCCCCUUGCCCUCAGCCAGACGCCGCGGGCCCACCCCGGGCGCGCCAAGCCGUACGGCCACACCGCCGGGGCGGGGGCCGCAUUCCCCAAGCACAGCGGCGACAAGCGCGGACAGGGCGCGCCGCCAGAACUCCUUGGCGGCGUGAACCAGGAGGAGGAGGAGGAGAUGGCGAGGAAGGGAUGCGAGCUGGCCAAGGAGGAGCGCGACCCCUACGCGGUGGAGGCGGCGGCGGCCGCGUCGCUGGACGCGGACGAGGCGGAGGAGGGCGAGGCGAAGUGCGCCAAGGAGCGGGACGAGGGCCACGCGCUGUCGGCCGGCAGUGACGGCGAGGAAGGGCUCAUGAAGCGCAAGCAGCGGCGCUACCGGACCACAUUCACGAGCUACCAGCUCGAGGAGCUGGAGCGCGCCUUCCAGAAGACGCACUACCCCGACGUGUUCACCAGAGAAGAGCUGGCCAUGAGGCUCGACCUCACGGAAGCAAGAGUACAGGUCUGGUUCCAGAACCGGCGAGCCAAGUGGAGGAAGCGCGAGAAGGCGGGCGUCGCGGGCCACCACCCGCACGUCAUGCCGUUCGCGGGCGCCGCGGGGCUGCACGCCAUCGCUCCGUACCUCGACGGCUCCAUCUCCCACCCGGGCGCCCUCGAUUCGUGGACGACGGCGGCGGCGUUCGCCGCGCUGCCCCCGCCCGCCGCCACCGCCCUGAGCCCCGCCGCCUCCAUCGGCGUGUGCAGCUACCUGAGCGCCAGCGUGUUCCGCCACCCCUUCAUCACGCCCAUCUUCGGCAGGCUGUUCACGACGCUGAACCCGGCGACGGCGAUUUUCCGGCCACCGCCGCUGGGCGCGUCGGACUCGCUGGGGGGGCCGCUGGGCUCCGUCGACCCGUCGAACGUGGCGGCCGACCGGCGCGCCUCCAGCAUCGCCGCGCUGCGCCUCAAGGCGCGGGAGCACGCGGCGGCGGCGACGACGGCGGUGGCGUCGCACGCGGGGGGGGAGCCCCCGGCCCCCGGCAAGGAAGAGGGCCCCGACUGACCGCCCGCGGGGCCCUCCCUCGACUUGUCGGCAGCCCCGGUGGCCUCGCCAGUGACGUUCAUCCACCGCCACCAACACCGCCACCACCCCUUCCACCGCCCCGCUUUUGCUCAGAGCGGUUCUCGUUUACCGCGACGCAACGUCGACCGCACGCGUGGGGGGAAACACAAAAGUACGACGGGUUUGUAGAAUUAUUAUUAUUAUUAUACAUUUGUAUAAAACCGAAUAAAAAACAAUCGAGAUGCAUGAUAAAGCUAGGUUUUGGUUCGGAACAUGGGAGCAUGGGGUGUUAAUAACCUGGUUGUUUGGACAGGUUGGGUCGUGUGAAGCGUAAGGAAGGUGGCUUGCUUGUCCGAGUCUCACAGUUUUAAUUCUACAACCGCUAUCCCCGCUGCGGCUAUCGGAGAGAGGACACGCGUAGGAUACGCGCACGCGCGCGUGUAAAUAAACUUACAUCACAACAACAACAAAUGUUGCACUUCCACGUCAUCACACACACGCACACGCACGCACGCACGUUAGCGACCGGAAUGUUUUUCAGAUUAUUUUCCUUGCUCUUAACGCAUAUUUAUAUGGUACCCUAAAUUAUUUUAUUACUACAAAAAUAGGCAAUAUCAGUUUUAAUAUGAAAAAAAACCUCAGAGAGUAAUGUUGCAAGUUUAUUGAUUAUAGAGUGUUGCAAAAUACUGUAUAUCCCAAAAACGUAACUGUUUCAUAUUGUACGUUAUGAAAAGUGUAUUAAAAU